UUUUGGGCGUGAAAACAGAAAAACAAAGAUGAGUUUCUUUGGGAAAAUGUUUGGUGGCAAGAAGGAGGUGGCCCCCACGACGGGGGAGGCAAUACAAAAACUGAGGGAAACCGAAAACAUGCUCAUCAAGAAGCAGGAGUUUCUCGAGGCCAAAAUCGAGGACGAGCUGAGUAUUGCCCGAAAGAAUGCAUCAAAAAACAAAAGAGUGGCCCUGCAAGCCCUCAAAAAGAAGAAGAGGCUGGAGAAACAAUUGCAGCAGAUCGAUGGCACCCUGUCCACCAUUGAGAUGCAGCGCGAGGCCUUGGAGAGCGCCAAUACGAACACUGCCGUCUUGACAACAAUGAAGAAUGCCGCGGAUGCGCUCAAGAAUGCCCACCAGCACAUGGAUGUGGACAAGGUCCAUGACAUGAUGGAUGAUAUUGCCGAGCAGCAGGAUGUGGCCCGGGAGAUUUCCGAUGCCAUUUCCAACCCAGUCGCCUUCGGGGCCGAUCUGGAUGACGAAGAUCUCGAGCGGGAACUCGAUGAGCUGGAACAGGAGAACUUUGAUAAGGAAAUCAUUGGCAUUCCCGAGCCAGCGCCCACAUUGCCCGAGGCCCCAACAGAGGACUUGCCCGAGAAGGCCAAAGAGAAGAAAAAGGCCACAACGACUACAACUACAACUACGGCUGAAGUUGGCGAUGAUGAUGAUCCCGUCAUGAAGCAACUUUUGUCCUGGGCCAACUAAAACGAGCGCUAAUAAAAUCUCUUCAAUAUUCUGCAGAUUAACCAAGACCCCCACGUUUCUGUUUCAUUUAAAUUUUCAAUGAUAUUAAUUAAGUCAAAGUUUGCGUUUGAAGCGAGCAAAAGUAACAAGAAGGCAUUAAUUCCUUUGGCAAUCUAUCAAAUCAAAUGGUACAUACAUAUAAUAGGAAUGUGAUUUAACAAAUAAUAAACGAAAAGAGCAAAGUCAGGCCUCACAUCAACAAAA